UGGAGUUCUAUUUGGGGACGAUAUCUUUGCCUCUUUGCCUCUUGCCAACGUAAGAUUUAGAGGUGCCUUCUAGCAAAACCAAGCGAUGUUGAUAAACAUUCAACUCGGAUUAUACCAUCGGCCCAGCAACUUUUAAACUCUCCUAGCAUCCUCCCGUGCUUCUGCCCCAAAUAAUCACCUAGCGCAAAAGCCUGACCGUUUCGGAACCAAAGCACCUCACCGGGCACACCAAAACUAGGGUCCUCUAUGAUGUAACCUCUGGUCAUGGUGAUCUGCCGGGCCAUGUCCGGUGCAGCAAGAGGAAGGGGCAAAACCGUUCCCCCAUCUUUUAACCUCACCUGACCCCCUUUCUUACUCUUCUCGUCUUCUGUUCCCCAUCUCGACCAGCCAAAGAAUUUGAAGCAGCUGUGGACAAGCAGCGUGAUACCAAAACUCCCCCCUUUGCAAAGAGCCAGACCCCCUUUUCCCUAAUUCUUCUUGAGAAAUAAAUCGUCAUAAUGUCUUACACCUCCCGCGUGGGUCUAAACCACAUCGAUGUUGUCGGCCCCCUUUUGCCGGUAACCGGCUCCUUCCUCCUCCCCUUCACAGCCUACUUCUCUCUCCUCUCCACCCGCGUCUCCAUGUCCCGCAUCGCCUCCAACUGCCUCCUCGGCUCCGCGCCCCCCUCGACCGAGCCCAACGCGGCCGCGAAGCAGCACGAGCUCCAGGUCGCCUCCCGCGCCCAGGGCAACUUUGCUGAAUACGUGCCCCUUGCCUUGCUGCUCGCCGGAGUGGCCGAGCUCAACGGCGCCAAGAAGAAUGUGCUGACCAGUGCUCUGGGGGCCCUGUUCGUCGCACGGGUGCUGCAUGUUGAGAUGGGCUUGAGAAGACCCGAGAGCACGGGUGUUGGUCGGCCGGUGGGCUACUUUGGAACGCUGGGCGUAAUGGGAUUCCUGGCCGGGUAUGCGGGCUUCUUGGUGAAGGAUUAUUGGGGGUUCUAAGAGGAUGAGCUUUCCUUGACAGUCAAUACCUACGCUCCCAAGGCUAGUAGCCGAAGGUGUGUGCGUCAUCUUUCAAGGCCCUGGUUGUACCUUGUAGUCUCUGUUGAUUAGUCGAUACGAAGAGUGAAAUAGUUGUUAGACACAUUGAGCAAAGGGGG